GUGAUGACAAAUGAUAAAUACUGUUAAGUCAACCCACUAGAUUCAUAACAUGUUUAUUAUAAAAAGUAAACAAAAAUAUAAUUAUUCCGAUUACUUUUUGGAUUUUGAUUAAACGCUAACAAGAAAAUGGAUGAAAAGAGAGACAUAGAAAAAUAGCCAAUGCUACCUUUCUAUAUGUAGAAGUAAAAAAGCUUCGAAAAAUUUGUAAAUAAAGUGGGACUAUUUCUGUGAAUAAAUAGGUUAAUAACGAAAAAAAUCCACGCAACCAUGGCGUCAUACAAACCUAUAAAAAGGCGGAAAAGCAUAUUCAGUCCGAUCACAGAAUAUAAAAAAAAUUCAAUCUGCAACGUGCUUCGCGUUGAGAACGAAGCUUGUUACGUUCGUGAGAUUAGGAAUAAAAAUGAAUUCCCCAGAAUAAAGUGUGAAUCCCCCAAACCAAUUAUCAAUCCAAUCAAAGAACACGUCCACGGGGAAGAGUGUUUGAAGAAAAGUGUCAUCCAAAUUGAUCAUGAACCAGAGAAAAGGGUAAAGGAAGCCUCAACAGAAAAACCUAUAAAGCAAGUCUGUUUUAAAUAUGGUUCGCCCAAACGUAUGAACUGGAACAACUACCACCGUUUGGAUGUGAUUCACUCUUUGUUGGAUGAUCUGGAGUAUGAUUACCCUUCCAUUUGCACAACUGGCGUCAUUGGUAAAUCGCUGGAAGGCAGAGAUCUGAAGAUACUAAAGAUAUCGAACAGCGACGCGACUAACGCUAGCGUGUGGAUCGAUGCAGGGAUCCAUGCAAGAGAGUGGAUCGCGCCGGCUGUGAACACCUACAUAGCUGACCACAUCGCGAGGAACUUUAACUCGUUACCAUCCAGCAUUACUAACAAAGACUGGUAUUUCCUUCCCGUAGUAAACCCAGACGGCUACGAAUAUUCCCACACGAGAGAUCGCAUGUGGCGCAAGAACAGAGCUUGGCACGGCGGACAGUGCGUCGGAGUCGAUCUCAAUAGAAAUUUCAGUUUGGGUUACGGUGGAGCAGGUUCAUCAGAUGUUCCUAGCCACGCGUUUUUCAGAGGGCCCGAAGCCUUUUCGGAGCCAGAAUCUUGUGCAGUCAGGGACAUGCUCAAACACUCAGGUGUUGCCUUCAAAGUGUACAUAACUCUACACAGCUAUGGGCAGGUCAUUUUGUUCCCGUACGCUUAUACCCACACGCUAUGUCCUGACUAUAUUCGCUUGCUUGAAGGAGCCACUGUUAUGUCAAAGGCAAUCUACGACUGCAAUGGCAACAUAUACAAAGUAGGUAUAUCUCGAGACGUGAUGUAUGCUAAUGGCGCCGCUGGGACAAGCAACGACUGGAGCUACGGCGAGGCUAACAUCCCCUACUGCUACCUCAUAGAGCUGAGGAGCAAACAACACAAGUUUAAGCUGCCCAAAGAAGAGAUCCAGGAAACUGCCAACGAAAUUCUAAACAGCGUGAAAGCCCUCAUGGAUUUUAUCGACAGCUACCCUCCACCGAAAAAAAAACAACAGAGAGAUUUUUUUAAAAAUUCAUCUACUCCAUGGUGGCACCUCCAGAUCCAAAACCUCAAGUAUGGGAAGUUAAAUUUAUUAGGGAGGGACAGAGCAAUAAACAUAUGGAAAGAAGAGCGCAGCACCAUGGACAUACUGGUGGAGAGUCCUAGGGCUGCGCAGGUCGCAGGGAUGCUGCACGAGAGAGAGAUCCCUUAUUCGGUGGCUGUGGGUGAUCUGAACAUACUGCUGGAGAGGGAGCAGGCCAGCUGCCCGUCCAGACAUUCCAGCAAAUGCCUCAGGAGGAAUUCAAUCACUCCACGUCGUUCUAUGGAUUGGAAGAGCUACCAUAGACUAGACGUGAUUUACGCGUUUUUGGACAGUCUGGCAGCUGAGUAUCCAUAUUUGUGCAGUGUUAGUGUCAUCGGAAAGACUUGUGAAGGUAGACAAAUUCGGAUGUUGAAAGUGUCAAACGGCAACAAAGACAACUCAGGCGUUUGGAUGGAUGGAGCUAUACAUGCGCGGGAGUGGAUCAGUGCGGCUGUGGUGACGUACAUUGCGGAUCGACUCGUGCGCAACUACAACGAACAGCCCGAAGCGGUCACCAACAAAGAUUGGUUUAUAGUCCCAGUGAUAAACCCAGACGGUUACGAAUACACUCAUACAAAUGACCGAAUGUGGCGCAAGAACCGAGCAAAGUACGGCGAGUGCGUAGGAGUCGAUCUUAACAGAAACUUCAGCUAUGGUUGGGGAGAAAAAGGAGAAGAAGGUUCAUCUGAAGACCCUGGAAAUAUAUUUUUCAGAGGACCCGAACCUUUUUCGGAACCUGAAACAGUUGCAGUUAGAAAAGCAAUUGUGGACUCUGGCACGACGUUCAAGGUGUUCCUGUCGUUCCACAGCUACGGCGAGGUGAUCAUCUUCCCCUGGGGAUACACCGGGGACCCUUGUCCGGAUUAUGUGGAGUUGCUCGAAGGUGGCACUGCUAUGGCUAAGGCAAUCUACGCGACCAGCGGGCACACGUACAAAGUGGGCAGCACCAAAGACCUGAUGUAUUUCGCAGCGGGCACCAGCACAGACUGGAGCUACGCGGUUGCCAACAUCCCCUACUCCUACAUGAUCGAGCUGCGUGGCAAGAAACACCGCUUCCUACUCCCCAAAGAAGAAAUCGUCGCCACAGCAGUUGAGGUCCUGAGCGGCGUUCUGAAACUUAUGGAGUUUGUAGAUACGCGGUCGAGAAGCACACAGUCGUCUUCUUGUUCGUGUCCCACUCCUAAAUGAUAAUGAUUUUUUACGUUUAAACCUAUUUGCGAUUAUUAAAUUUAUUUAUAAAUAUAUUGCGGCAAUCCGACAAUCUAUAAUAAUAUAUUAAUCAAUACGGAUAGGUUGACUUUCUAAAUCUAAUGCGGAUUUUAUAGAAUUUUUACAUUUUUUGUGAAUAAUCAUAUGUACGGUAGCUCGAUUUGUACUACAUAAGUAAAAUUCCAAAUUGUGGAAAUCAAAUGCCGUACUUAUGAAUUAAAUUCUAAAGCAAGAUCAAAUUUAAUUCAUUAACAAUCAAAUAUAUUGUAUUUUCGAAACAACUUGAUAAUAUAUUUUUGAAACUAAUUUAAUUUCAAAUGUUUGAAUUAUUCUACUUGGCGCAAUCAUGUUUUGUUUAAAAUAUAAAACAUUUUUUUCCUCUCA